ACUCUAGUUUCCCUUUCUACUUAGGCCAUAUUUCUAUUUAACAAUGAAGUCUUUCAUAUUUUCUGCUAUCGUCUGCGUUGUUGUGGCAGACAGUCGCUACGGAUCCAACGGGAAUGGAAACGGCUUCGGAGCGCCUCGUCCUCCCACCAACGGCUAUGCGCCCCCAAGUAACACCUAUGGCACGCCCAACGGUGGCUACGGAGUAGACCCUGAGAUCGCCGCUUUGGCCGAGAACAUUCCAGGGGGCGGCGUCCCCGGCGAGGACUACCCCAUCUUGGCUUCCGUGCCCGACACCGGCUUCUCCUGCGAUGCCCAGGCGGUGCAAGGUUAUUACGCCGACACUGCAGCUGAAGCCGGCUGCCAGGUGUUCCAUAUCUGCCAGGACCGCGCCCUCAGGCGCCAACAGGACUCCUUCCUGUGCCCCAACGGUACCAUCUUCAACCAGCAGUACCUGGUAUGUGACUGGUGGUUCAACGUGGACUGUUCUCAAGCUGAGAGCUUCUACUCCGUCAACGAGCUCAUCGGAGUCGUUCCCGACGCCGGUUAUGCUUAUGCUGCCGCCACCAACGGCCUCCUCAACGGAAACGGAAACGGUUACGGAUCCAACGGAAACGGAAGGAACGGAGCUAACGGAUACGGUUCCAAUGGCAACGGAAGGAAUGGCAACGGAGCCACCAAUGGAAAUGGAUAUCGCUCAAACGGCAACGGCAACGGUGCCAAUGGCUUCAACGGCAACGGCAGGAACGGCUAUGGUUCUAAUGGCAACGAAGCGAACGGUGUCAAUGGAAAUGGUCUCAAUGGUAAUGGGAAUGGAUAUGGGAACAGGUACAAUGGCAAUGGUCUCCGAACAAAUGGAAAUGGAAGGAAUGGCAACGGCAAUGGAAACGGAUAUAAUGGCAAUGGGAGAAGCGCCUUCAAUGGUUUUAAUGGUAACGGAAACGGCAAUGGAAGAAGCGCCUUCAACGGCAAUGGCAACGGAUACAACGGCAAUGGCUUCAAUGGCAAUGGGAACGGCAACGGAGUCCCUGCCGCCCCUUCUGCCUCCUACGGCGCUCCUUUCUAA